AUGGAUUCAUAUCAACAUCAAUAUGAUUUUUCAAUUAAUCAAGCAGUUAAAAAAUGGCGAACAUUAACUGCAAAUGAUGGUAUUCUUCUUGAGCAAGAAUUUAAUACUCUUCGAAAGACAGAUCAAAAACGUAUAACUAUUGCAACAAAUCCAAUUAAUAAAUCUAAAAAUCGCUAUCCAUUAAUAUAUCCAUAUGACGAAGACUUCUGUCGAGUUUCUUUGAAGAAAAACAUCGAUAAUCAAUCAAAUGAUAAUUCUGAUUAUAUUAACGCAUCUAUUAUACGUUGUAUUCCACCAGAUCGAAUAAGUACAACAUCUACUUCAAGAAUCUUUUAUGCAGCUCAAGGACCUAUUGAACAAACAAUUGAUGAUUUUAUACAAAUGAUUGUUGAACAACAAAUAACAUUGAUUGUUAUGCUUUCAUUUAGUUAUGAUCCGAUAGGAUGUACUUAUGCACAAGAACAUGCAGCAUAUUUUUCUGAAAAAGUCAAUGGUGUUAUUGAAACAAAAUCUUAUAAAAUUCGUACAACAGCAAUUAUUCCAUCAUAUCGUUAUAUUGGUCGACAUUUACGUAUUAAAUCAAAGUUAACAGAUUUUGUAUACAAUUGUGAACAAUAUCAUUAUCCUUAUUUUGUUGAUAAAAGUAUACCAGUUGAUUGUCAUUCAAUGAUUGGACUAGUGAUGAGAUUACUUGAACCAAAUAAUCAAAAUUGUCGUAUACUUGUUCAUUGCAGUGCUGGUAUUGGUCGAACAGGUGUAUUUAUUGCACUUUAUUAUUUAAUUGAAGCUUUUCAAUAUGGUCGUAUAUUAAAUGUUAAACAAUUAGUUGAUACAAUUCGUCUCUAUCGAGCACAUCUUAUUCAAACAGUUGAACAAUAUGAAUAUAUAUAUCGAUGUUUAGCUGAAGUUGCUAUUCAUCCAUGUGAUGGUCGAUCAUUAGAUAAAUUUAUUGAAUAUUGCAAUAAUCUAUUACCAACAGCACGUUUACAAGAUAGUACGAUUUACUAUGAUUUUAAGAAUCGUACUAAGAGUAUUCAACCAGACACAUAUUUAACAACAAUUAUUGCUCAACAACAUUCGAAUUAUAAUCGAAAUGAAAUAUUUGUUCCUUAUGAUUAUAAUCGUGUUAUACUUCAUUCACCAAGUGAAUCAACAUAUAUAAAUGCAACAAAAGUUACAAAUAUAAUUAAACCAACUGGUACAAUUUUAACUCAAGAACCAAUGAAAUCUACUUUACAACCAUUCUUUUCUAUGCUUCUACAAGAAUAUAAAAAAUUUAUUAUUAUUGUUGAACAGAUGGAAAAAUCAAAUUAUACAGAAACAGAAUUUAUUAGUCAAAAUCAAAUAAAAGUUAAUAUUUUAUCUGUUCAUCCAUCAAAAAAUACAUUUGGUAAUUAUUAUCGUUCACAUAAGAUAAAAAGUAAUAUACGUGAAUCUGAUGUAUUCAUUUUUGAAUAUACUGGCGAAUGGACUAAUGAUGGUACAUAUUUACCUAAGAAUCUUGAACAAUUUGUUCGUUUUGUUGAUCGAUCAAUUCAUCAUCAACGUCAUAUUGAUUCAACUCGACUUGGUCUUGUUGUUCAUGAUCGUGAUGGUGGAACAAAAGCAGCAUUCUAUUGUAUAGUACAAAAUUUAUUCGAUCGUUUAUUGAUCGAUGGACGUAUAGCUAUUGAAAAUUUUGUUACUAAUAUUUGUCAACAACGAAAAAAUGCUUUAAUAUCUUUCGAACAAUAUAUUGCUCUUCAUCAGAUUGUCUGUAUUUGGCAUAAUUUAAAACGUCGAGGAGCAUUGGAAUGUAUUGUUAAUAUAUAA